UUGAUGUUCAUAGCAAGAUUCUUUCAGCCGUCCAAAUUCCUUGUCGACCGUGACCUCAGCGUUCGUGUGCAAUACAACCCCACGAAACCAUCAACGCUGUGGUUCGCACAAGUCUACGUGAACGAUGAGAGCUGCAAACCACCAAGUGCGUGACACUGUGCCGAGAUCCGAACUCACGUCCCGACCUAAGGCAUAUAUAGUGCACUUUGCCGGAUGAAGGGGGUCACCGGCGGUGUAUAUCGCUUUUACUUCGGAGUAAGUUCGUUCCCUGUUACAAAGGCAGACCACGAUCCGUUGACGCAAGCGCCGUGUCCUGCAGGUGUACCGUACAUACAUCGCGGGAAUAUGUAUAUAUCCGGCGCGUCAUUGUGUGCGGUUCAUUUGUCCUUGGAAUACCGCGAUUUUUAGAACGGUGGUUGGGUGAUGGGUUCAACUACCACUAGCGUGCUGACAUUCUGAUCCUUUUCCAAGGCUGAGUCGGCUCUCGGGAUGCGGAGGGGCGGCAUGGAGGGGAUGCCCGUUUUACCGCUGUAGAGUGUAGCCAGACAAAUACAACAUCAGCAAACUUCUGAUCGCAAUCCAACCAAUUAUUUCGCGAGAGUCACAGCGAAAGUUGGCGAGGGAACCACUAUGAAAAGGGGCAGUUACUAGGCGACGGGCCCAACAACACGCAUACAUGAUGACACAGCUCACUUUUUUCAAGGGCCUUGUUGGUGGGGGAUGUGAUGUGCGACAGAAGGCAGCGGCCGGCCCUGGGGUAUUGAGUGGUGCUUCAGCAUUAUGAAGUAGAGAUUUUUCAAAUAGAGGAGACCACUCUCUGUGACAAUGGGACCGAAAAAACUUCGCAGCUAGCUCCUGCGUCCAGAACCCGUGCUUCUCGCCCCCACGUAGAUACACCGAUAGAAUCUCUGCUGCAACCAAUCAGGACAAGUCCGCCCGCGGGCACACACACACAACAAUAUCUGUCUGACGUCCCUAGCGCAAUCUCGCCUCUCCUAAGAAACAUCUCUCUAUAAUUGAGGCAAAGGCCUCGAACCCAAGUGUCACAGCACUGAAAACCUAUUGCACCUUGACCACCACAUUGUUCCUGCUUGCGUCGUGUGCCUUAGUCUCCGCCAUUCCCGCUCGCUCACGCCGCUAUGUAUGUGUGUUACAAGACAGCAGCAGAUGGCAGCCCUGAACAGAGCACCGCAGGAGAGCAGGAGCUCGGCCCGAGGGGGCACGCGGUCGGCAGUAUGGGGUAUCCCGAAGGUGAAGAGCAACACCCCGGGAUCAUGGGGACAGCACAGCAGGGGAUGUGCCACCGCGUGUCACAACACCAUAUGACUCCCAGCACGCACUCUUAGGCGGUACCUCGCAAGACGUUCCGCAGUCCGACACACAGGAGAGGCCUCAUCACAUGCACCCUCGCUCGAGAGAGUAAGGGCUUCAGGAGAAAGGAGAGACGCCGGCAGGGGGGGACAUCCCCCAACGAAUCUUUCUAGGGUGACCAACCAUUGUAACUUCGGUGGCAGCGGGACGAACGCAGCAAGGGAUGAAAGCCCCCCCAUCUCUCACGCACGUACGAUAGAUUUCCUUCCCGAUCACACCAUUGCGGCGGAAGAGCUGGCGGAAGCGAUAAAGCGGGAGAGAUCGCGAGGAAGAAGCGCAAGAAAAGGCAGUGUAGUAGCGCCCCGUUUUCUUGACUUCAAACGCAGAGCUCUCCCUUCCCGGCUGUUGAAGCUUGGAGAGACAGAGAGCCGGAGAUAACCUGCGGGAGGGAGCCCCGCCUGCCGUGCUUACUGCUAAUUACCGUGUACCUCUACGGAACAAUGAUUAGGAUGCCCCUCCAAAGGCAAGACCAUAGCCGGGAGAUAAUCGGCGGGUCAACAACAGGGCUUCCAGCGGUGGAGGAAAAUGGAGCAAAUCCGGAAAACACUGACAACGACAGCGACAACGACGAGCUAGGACCACCACCAGCGGUUCAUCCUGGGCACUUGACUGGUCCGGGACGCACACAGGAGCCACUCGGGGGUAGCUUGCGCAACGAUGUUUCCCAGGGCGCUGGGGGCCCCGCGGUGGGUAGGUGGACGGAGGGGCGUACACAUGGUCUUGUCGGCGGCGGGAGG